CUCCUUCUCCUCCUCCUCCUUCUUCUCGGUAGGUCCGUCCGUCCGUCGGUCCGUUCAUCCGUUCGACAGUCUCCCGAGGAUUUUGCUGUGGCUGUGUUCGUGCUCAGGAUUCUUUGGCAAUGGAUCGCGAUGUGGCUCCUACUUCUUCGUCGACCGCCAUCUUUUCGCUCGUUACGGAGAUUUUCUCCUCGAAAGAGACCGUGUUGGUGGAGAAGGUAGUGGGCUAGUGGGGGCUUCCACACCAGGAGACGUUUAGAUAGCGAACGAAGAGCUCGCUAUCAUCAUUGUAGAUGGAGGGAAACGAGUAAGUGAGCCCCACUAGUACUAGUACUACUACUUCGGCUACUACUCGUUCUUCUUCCACUACUACUACUACUACUACUACUACUACUACUACUACUGCUACGACAACUACGGCUACUACAAGCUAUGAUCGUGGUUGAGGGUGCUGCAAUAGCAGCCUUAUUCAGGCAUCUGCUUCUCCGGGCAAAGAUGAUCUCUCAGUUUGCCAUUGAUAGUGGUCAUAUCAGCAUCAGUAGAUCGUAACGUCUGCUCAGCGACAUCUCAGAUCGGAAGGAAGCCAUCUGGAAAGAAGGGUUGUAAAAAAAGACCUCAGAUCGGGGUGGACUGGAGGUGGUUCUUGGCUCGAUUCAUUGGCCGGAUAUCUUGAACAAGUGUGUGAGUGCUGAUUGCAUCCUGAGACUUCGUAGUCCGCACCCAUGGUUGUCAUGGAAAGUGUAGCUGCAGCUGUGCCCUCUUCCGCUGCAGAGGCCCACAGAAGUGGAGCCAACUCUUGGUACGAUUCCGGUGCCAUGCAACAACAGCAACAUCAACAACAACAACAGCAGCAACAACAACAACAGCACCAACAACAGUCACAGCAACAACAAUCGUUGAACACUUCCGAGGACCUCUCGGAUGCUUACUUCAAAGGCCAAAAUGCUUACUUCUCCCAAAUGCAGGGCGCUUAUCACGGCAUGUCCCAUGCUCAGUCACAAAUGAUGGGACGCAAUGCAGCUGCGUUCUACUCGCCCUUGCAUUCCAUGUGGGGCACGGCUUUCGGCGCGGGUUCCUCCAAGCAAUACCCAAACUACGGCGCCUAUUCGACGUCAGCCAAAGACACCUCGGAUCAAGUCAACAAUAAUACCUCCUCCGGAUUGGGACCUGACCACUCAGAAUACAUCUCGUCGAGUGACCAUUUGAACGCGACCUCAUCGCUCGACUUCAAGCCCACCUCGGACCAGCUCAUGAGUUUGUCAGCUUAUGGGGCGGCAGCCGCCGGCAUGGUGGGCGGGUCCAGUCGCAAACUACCGGAAGGUAUGAGCUCACCCAUGGGAGCUUCCAACCCCUAUUCUUACUAUUCCUCUCCGGCGGCCGAUCUAGCCUCAAUGUACGGUUCGGCAGCCGCAUUUUCCUCCACGGCUCGAGCAGCCGGGUUCCAGAGCUCAAAGCCCAAGUCAAAAUCUAGAACCAAUGCGGAGGGCCGCGAAUGUGUCAAUUGUGGUGCCACGUCCACUCCACUCUGGAGACGGGAUGGCAAUGGGCAUUAUCUUUGCAAUGCCUGCGGUCUAUACUACAAAAUGAACGGCCAAAACCGACCUUUGAUCAAACCAAAGCGCAGACUGAGCACAGCCCGACGAGAAGGAACUUCGUGUGCCAACUGCAAAACCACUCAAACCACUCUGUGGAGGCGUAAUUGUAACGGAGAGCCCGUUUGUAACGCUUGUGGUCUCUACUAUAAACUCCACAACGUGGAACGACCCAUGACCAUGAAGAAAGACGGCAUUCAGACCCGGAAUCGAAAACUGGCCACCAAAUCCAAGAAGCGACGAGGGGGCAUGCACGAUUUCUUCAAGCCCUACGACUCCCGGUUCUCCAUGUAUGGGACGGCGGCGGGCAUGGGCUCCGGGUAUUUGAGCAACACCAUGUCCCAGUAUUACGGUCAGAUCCCGUCAUUCAUGGCCGCAGCGGCCUCAGCGCCAGUGGCCAUGCAGGCUAUGGGUGGGUCCAUGCUUGGGGUAGCCACGUCCUCGCCCAGUUCCAUGGGUGGUGCCGGACUGAACCUGUCCUCCCCGUCUCCUUCCUCGUCAUUGUCAUCCUCGGUAGGGAACUUCUUCGGUUCCUCCGCUGGAAACGGUCAUAAUAGUGUAGCGGGCAACGGAUCACCCGGUGGAUCGUCGAUGGUGGUGGGAGCGUCGGCCUGAUGGCCGACUAGGACGGCAACGUUCACCUCUUCCUCCUCCUCCUUCUCCUCCUAGUGCGAACAAUUUUGAUCCCACGUCACCGUGCAAUGGAACCCCCAGAACGAUCAUCGCCAGGAAGAGCAGAACGAACAAGUCUUCUGCAGUUAGGAUAAAUGUGAUUUAUGUCGACCUCUCUUCAAUACCUUAGGCCUUCACCUUUUUGAGCGCCGUUUGGCCCCAUUAGUUCAGUUUAUCCCCUAUCCUACCCAAUACCCAACUCACCCCAUCCCCAAACUUGUCUCAUCAGUGUAUAGAAAAAGAUAUAUGUAGAGACGAUUUUGAGACACCAAUCACCAAUAUACUGUCAAAGCUAUUCAAGAAUAGUUCAAGCUGUUGUUUUACCAAAUAAUUUCGUUAUCUACAUCAUCAGGAUUAUUAUCACUGAUAUUAUUACUAUUAUUAUUAUUAUUAUCAUUAUCAUUAUUGUCACCAUUAACAUUUUGAUUAUCAACCCCAUUGACGCCUCAUAUCCAACACAUGAGCGUUCCCUCCAAUGCCACCAUCCCGGCUCCACCAUUCUAGAGUUUCAAGCUCCUCUCUCUACUCACGGAUGGAUUCCAGGAGGAUUCCCGCGAUCGAUACUCAAGCUUUUGUUUGUCACCACCCUAAUAAUAAAAUCUUGAAAUACACAUGAGCUAGUCA